GCGGUGUUUCGCUCGGGUGGAUGCUGAGAGAGACGCCCGCGAGAGGACGAGCAGCUCGCACGGAUGUAAGAGAAGGUGAUGCUUACUUCAAACUCACCACGGGAUGGGUCUCUUUUUCAAAGACGCAACCAAAUGAGCCGUAAGAGGAAUUGUGCGGACAAGAAAAAGACGCGAACGGGAUUAAAUUAAGAACACAAGGUAAGAAGAAACAUAGAGGAACCUGCAAAUAACUUAUAGUGAAAUUAAGAGAGAGAGAGAGAUAGUAGGCUAUUCGCGAAGACGCGCGUGGACGAUUUAUCGGACAGCAAAGCCUUUUCUAAAUCAAUAUGCAUAACUUAAGCUUUGCAAGCGAAGUGGACACUUACAUUGACAUUGGUUUAACAUCCUCUGGGAAUUCUACAAGUCGCUAUUCUCCGGUCACCAUUAUAGGGCUCGCGGGGCUGGUGAGCUUCCUCAUCUUGUUUACAAUAGUGGGGAAUGUGCUGGUCGUUAUCGCCGUUUUAACGAGCAGAGCGCUCAAGCCAGCACAAAACCUUUUUCUCGUGUCUCUGGCCAGUGCGGACAUUCUGGUGGCCACCCUGAUCAUCCCUUUCUCUCUGGCCAAUGAAUUAAUGGGCUACUGGUUUUUUGGGAAAGUUUGGUGUGAUAUCUAUCUUGCGCUAGAUGUUCUUUUCUGCACAUCUUCUAUUGUUCACCUGUGUGCUAUAAGUCUGGACAGGUACUGGUCUGUCACGCAGGCGGUCGAGUAUAACUUGAAGAGGACGCCUCGCAGGGUAAAGGGCAUGAUUGUGGUGGUAUGGUUGAUUGCGGCUGUGAUCUCCUUCCCACCGCUCAUCUCCAUGGACCGGAAUAACGAGGGUGACAGCAGCGAACCACAAUGCCAGCUGAACAACCACACGUGGUACAUCCUGUAUUCCAGCAUCGGGUCGUUCUUUGCCCCGUGUGUCAUCAUGAUCCUUGUUUACAUCCGAAUCUACCAGGUGGCAAAGACGAGGACCCGAAAUAUGUCUGAAAAGCGGCGUGAUCCGGACGGCGGGUCAGGGACGCCACGGCUGGAGAACGGCUUGAGCCGUGAGGAUUCUAGGCGGGAAAACGGGCACUGUGCCUCGCCGCCACCAGGGGAACGCAAACCAGGCGAGGAUGACCCAGAUGCCGAGCUGGAGGACAGCAGCUCGUCUGAUGAGAAGGCCAAGCGGACGCAAAACGAGACGGCGCCCUCGAGAAAAGACCGCCGGCCCAGCCGCAAGAACAGCUCCAGCUCCAAGCAUUCUAGCCGGAAGUCCCGAGCCAGCAGCAAGACCCUGGACUUGUUUUCCUCCCGCAGAAAAAGGAGGAACACCAUUUCGAGAAAAAAGAUUUCCCAGGCACGAGAGAAGCGGUUCACCUUCGUGCUGGCUGUGGUCAUGGGGGUGUUCGUGGUCUGCUGGUUUCCGUUCUUCUUUAGCUACAGCCUGUAUGGGAUCUGCCGGGAGCCCUGUGCCAUCCAUGACACCCUUUUCAAGUUUUUCUUCUGGAUCGGUUACUGCAACAGCUCCCUCAAUCCCGUCAUCUACACCAUCUUCAACCAGGACUUCCGGCGAGCUUUUCAGAAGAUCCUGUGCAAGUCCUGGAAGAGGUCUUUUUAGAGAACAGCAUGCAGCAUCCAGUGCCAUGAACAGUUGGUUGACAAGGAAAAGACGUUUUCAAAAACACCACUGCCCCUCUCUUUUUGCAUUGACAAUCUGUACACAACAAUGAGAUUGAUAUUUUUUCUUACUUCAUUGUGUAAUGCUCUUUAUGAGCCUCUGAGGACAACAGACGCUGGUCACAUAGGUGGUACCAAAUGCUUAAAAAAAAAAAAAACACCUGAAUUGGGAAGCACUGCACUGCAUUAGAGGAAGCAGGCUUAUCUUUAUUAUGGCUGCUGGCACUCUGAAGUUAUCAAGAGAUAUUUUUAUGAUGAGUUUGCACAUAUGGCUUGUGUCAUUGUGACUAGAGAGCUAUGUAACAUGAAAGGCAGUCUCCUUUUAUAUGGUAACAAAAAAAAAAGACUAACAAGAGAAGUGAAUUACCAAAAUGUGUGCUGUUUCUGUCCAGCGGAGAGAUACAAAACGGACCCUGUUGGUUAGGGAGUAUGAGAAGGUUGUCACCGGAUGACAGAUGGAAGAAGAGUGUUGUCCUGAUGUGCUUGGGUAUUGCAUCCUAAGGGGGGAAAGCCCUUACUGAUCAGAGCUAUAUUACAAACUGUUAUAACUGUCCUUCAGUGAAAUGAAUCACUGUACUGCUGCUCUCUAACAUGCCAUAACAAGUAUACAGAAGAAGUGUUUACUGGACUAGACUUAAGAGAAACUGUAAGUGGUUUUACGGUGAUGAUAAUAAAUAACGAUACAUUUAUUUAUCUACAGGAUUUAUUUAUCAGAUAAUGACUAUUUAAGCUUUGUGGCUAUGCUUGUAAAGUGUAUCCCAUUUGUUCAAAAUAUCAUAGUGAUAUAAUGCAAAUAUAAUAUAUAUAAGGCUGUUGUACAUUUUUAAAAGCAAAACAACUUUUUUGGGGGGUUGUUUUUGUAUAUUAUGAAACAUCUGUCUUUAUGGAUGUUGGGCUUCUCUCCCUUUUUAUUCCAUAUACUUGUGAUAUCUCCAAAAUGACUGACAGGUCACUACAAGCACAGCUGAUGAUCAAACAGAAAAUGAACAAAUAAAUGGAUUGUACUUCUCUUGGAUUCGCUUUUUACUGUGAACGGGGUGUAGACUUUAUAUUUUACUCUUCAUGUCUGUAAAGUGGGCUUAUCAUAAUUAGAAAUGACUGUGAUUAAAUAUUGUUUUGAGGUUUUGUCAUUUUGCAGGUACAAUACUCCAUUCAGCAGAGAACGGAACAAAAUAAAGGGAGAAUCUGAACUAAUUGAA